AUGGCUCCUCCAACCACCAUUCCAAACGUGUUCAUGUCUGAUUUUGGUCUCAAUACCGAUGACAUUAAGUACUUCCAUAUGGAUUCCCAUAUCCAAGGACGUGGACCAAACCGUCUGAAGUCACUCGAUAUCGAGGGAAGAUGGAUCCUUUCUGGAAAGAGCAUCCCAUUCAUUUCUGCUGCCUUCAACCAUCUUGAAAGACUUAACGACGCCCAAGUACCAAUGAGAGAUAUCACCGAAGAACCAAUCGAUGCUAUCGGAAUGGUCGGAUGGACCAAGUCAUCUGCUCCAGCUGAGGAGCCACCAAAGGAAGAGAAGAAGAUCCCAAAGAAGUUUGUCCUUCAGCCACCAGUGCCACCAAGUCCAAGAGAAGUUGUCCCACAUCGCUCUGCUGGAUACGGACCAGCUCACCACAAGAGAAAGCUGUCGAUCCCAGAUCGCUCGAGAAGCGUCUCACCAAUGCCAAUCGAGGCUCCAGGACAAACCGUCUACGACAAAUACGCUAAAUACGAGAGACACCGCAAAGGUUACUUUUCUUCCGAUUCUGACUAUGAAAGUGGUUCGGAUUUUGAAUCCGACGAACUUAGACUAAUUGAUUGGGAAGGAAAAUUGUGGGCUCUAGCUGAAACCAAAGUAACCUUGAUUCGAAUUGUAGAAACUGAAUAUACUCGAUCACCAGAUACGGUACCAAGUGGGGAGAUGCUGGAUACGUUUCGCACAGCCCAUCGCCAACCGGUGACGAGGGACAAAAUCCACCACAUCGCACCCAAGCUCUUUCUCCACGCCCAGCUUCCAGAACUCGCCAAUUCGGCGAGCAGUGCCAACGAACUCAAGGUCUUGACGAAGAACAUUAAGGGAGACAAUGUGCCAUACAGAACCACCGGAUAUGGUGCCUACCAUGUGAAGAGACAGUAUGAUUUGAGCCCAAGAUCAAUGGGAAGUGAUUAUGCGACCAAUCUGAGCAAUCGUCUCCAGUCCCAGCUAGACGCGAGCGAUCAGCUGAUGAGAUCGUUCUCACUGCCUAUCACGCAUCCAAGACCACCGACUCCCGUCCAAGACGUGACAACUGGAUCCGUCAAAACUAAUCACCCCCGGUCCCCCUAA